GAUUAAUUAUUUAUUAUUUGCGAAUCGAUCGAAAAAGCUGGAAAAAAAAAAUCAUUUGAACGAUGUUCACGAUAGUGGAUUUCUACGGUAAACAGGCCGACUACAGUUGCGGCUAUUGUAAACAACCAACAUCCUGCCAAACGCAUGGAAUGUGGGCACACACCAUGACCUGCCAGGACUACCAGGAUCUGAUCGAUCGUGGCUGGAGACGGUCCGGAUGCUAUUGCUACAAGCCGGAAAUGCACACCACCUGCUGUCCGUCGUAUACGAUUAAGUGCGAUGCGACGCGUUUUCGCUUGAGCAAAUCGCACAAGAAGACCAUCAAGCGGGUCAAUAAAUUCUUGAAGGAUGGCGUAAGGGGAAAGGACGACGGCGAUGGGACGAGUGAUGCAGAUCGUAGCGCAGAAGAUGGUAGUGCCGGCGGGGACUUAGAAAUGGGAGAUGUAGCGCGUAAUCCCAGAAAGGAACUGAAUCUGGAUAAUGUAAAAGCACUCGUUAGAAAAGAGGAUGGUCCUGUGGCACGAGAUGCGGUCGGUGGGAUGUGCUUAGCAAAGGAUCCCAGCGCUGGAAGUAGCUCCGAUUUGUCUACGAAAUCUUCGACCGGUGGUAGGAAUCCACCGAAGAAAGCGAAGCUGUUGAGAAUUGAACGGAAGCGGGAAAAGUUAAUUCAGAAAGGAUUGAAACCCGAAGAGCUUGAUAAGGAAAUGCAAGAGGCCAAGGGUAAGAACGUUGAAAAGAGUCUGGAGGAUUUUCUCGCUGAAGAGCCAGCAGAAGGAGAGCAGGCGGCACAUCGUUUGAAGCUCGUUAUCGUCUGUACCUCGAGUAAUGAGUUCAAGCGAACCAAACAGAUCUCCUUUGGCGUGUACAAGAAGUACCAAACCGAGGUGCACAAUGAUCCACCCAACUCGAUCGAAGAAUAUUUGGACUUCCUGGUCAAGUCACCGCUUCAGUACACAACUGGUCAGAACUCUCCAAGCUGUGGAUUUGGAUCGUUCCAUCAGCAGUACUGGUUGGACGAUCGCCUAAUUGCCGUUGGGGUUAUCGACAUCCUCCCCAGCUGCGUCAGCUCAGUUUACUUUUUCUACGACCCCGAGUAUAGAUUUCUCUCACUGGGGACUUAUGCAUCUCUAAGAGAACUUGCCUUCACACGUAAGAUGCAACAGCACACCCCCAGUAUUACCAACUACUAUAUGGGAUUCUAUAUCCAUUCGUGUCCCAAGAUGCGCUACAAGAGCAAUCUCUACCCGUCGUAUCUGCUCUGUCCGGAGGUGUACAGCUGGCACCCAUUGGAUGCGAAAGUUGUGGCCAUGUUGGACAAAAGCAAAUAUUGCCGCUUCAACGAAAAUCCCAAGGCGGUUGAUCAGAAUGCAGUCAGUUCGGAAGAUGUGUUGGACGUGCUUAUUCUGCAUGGCAGUUCCUACAAACGCUACGGGCAAUAUAUGAAAACGGUGGGUUUGACGGUACCGGCCAAAAACACGUGCACCUACGCAAAGUUGGUUGGGAAAGUGUGCUCCAGUCGAAUGCUUCUUUAUGAGGGGUAAACAAUGUGUUUGCGUGCCUGCUGGCUGCUGAAUGAAGGAGAAUCCACAGACAAACAGACAAAACAAGUUAAUCGAACACGCAUUUAACAGCCAAUUUAAAUGUUUUUCAGUUUGAAGUACCGCCAAUUGUGACGCGCAUAGUCAAUUCCCUUGCGUUUGACGUUUACACGCUACCGCCAUCUGUUGAGAGUACUGCACAUCACAAUGUACCCAACAGAUGGCGGUAGUGUUUAGCGACGAUGUUUUACAGUAAUAAAUAUGUGUUAUGUCUGCUUGUCGGUGGAAAAUCGUUACUCGUUUGUAUGUUUUAAGAUGUAGCUACCAUAGAGAUCUCCAAGCGCGAUCUAACGAACACUAAAAUCCAACAUCCAUAUAUAAAAAUGAAGAAGAUGAUGAAACGAAAAGGUAUCGCGUUAUCACAACUACUUAAAAAGGUAACACGCGGUCUCACGCACACUUUUGUGCAUCUGGAGAACUCUAUUGAGGUUGCACUCGCUAUAGAGAUUAGUGACGUUUAACGCACGCACACUAGCGGGUAUAUCGCCGUGUAAAGUUGUUUAUUAUUUUCCUCUGGCUAGCCUAAAACAAAUUAUGAAAUUCGAUCUGUCAAAAUGAGAUUGACAGCGAUUUGUUAUGUAUUUUACUCGGAUUUUCACUAACACGCUCUCAUACAUCGCACCAAUACAACCGGACGUGAAAAUCUCAAUAGAAAUCUAAUUCGUUUAAAAGCUUCCCGCAUAAACGCGAACC